CCUGUUUCGAUAACAAAGUAUUGUCAUUGACGGUGACAUUUCAAUAAUUUCAAUAAUUCAAUAAUUUGUAUCACAAUUUUCUCAACAUGCCAACAAUGGAAUCUGAGACCGCGAUGUCGCCGUUAGAGUAUCAGGAGCAGGAGCAGGAGAAAAUCGAGUUGAUUGACGACGACAAGAAGUUGAAAGAGAAGCAAAAGAUGUAUCAGAAACUGAGGGAUACCGAAUGCAGCAAGUCAUCCAUGUCGGAGAAGCACAGCGAUGAAAACGAGGAAAGGUCGAAGGAAGUGCUUAAGGAGUCUUCUGAUCCAUCUACCCAACCGGAGGAGGAGUGUUUGAUUCGCUCUCGCAAGCGUCGCUCGGACUCUCCGAGAACCGAUUGCACGCCCUCAAAAAUGGUGCCAGCAGAAGAAGCAUUCCAAUAUGAUCUUGACUGGGAAUUGCAUAAAUUUACAGCGGAUAUUGAGCAGAGAAAGCAGGAGCAACAGGAAGAAGAUGAGGAACAAACACAGCGACCAGAAGGCUGGAUUUACGAUCUCAUCUCUCAAUACGUGAGCACAAAUAUGUCGACGACAUCGACGUCGUUCUUUGCCAACUAUUGCGCCGCUGAAAAGUCGAAGAGUUUUGCACAACUAAACGAAGAAGAGCUCUUCGGAGAAGACAGCGACAACGAGAACAAACCAAAGCCGACGGUUAAGCCCAAGAAGUCCGAAGAAGUCUCCGAAGAGCUCUUCGGAGAAGACAGCGACAGCGAGAACAAACCAAAGCCGACGGAGAAGUCCGAAGAAGUCUCCGAAGAGCUCUUCGGAGAAGACAGCGACAACGAGAACAAACCAAAGCCGACGGAGAAGUCCGAAGAAGUCUCCGAAGAGCUCUUAGGAGAAGACAGUGACAGCGAGAACAAACCAAAGCCGACGGAGAAGUCCGAAGAAGUCUCCGAAGAGCUCUUCGGAGAAGACAGCGACAGCGAGAACAAACCAAAGCCGAUGGUGAAGUCCAAAAAGUCCGAGGAACUUCUCCACAGCGAAUCGAAAGCAAAUCAACUACAGCAGCAGCAGCAGCGGAAAGGACAGCAGCAACUGCAGUUGAAGUACGAAACGUUGCACGAGAAGCUUGCCCAAAAACAUGAAGACAUGCUUAAGAACUUUCAGCAGAUGCUAAUCAAAUUGCUGCGCGAAGUCUCAGUUGAGAUAACCAAGGAAUUGUGCGGAAAACAACCGAAGCAAGAAACGUUCAAUCCGAAUAAACUUGAUGAGACUUGGUGUUUGCCAUAUGGCAGCGAUAGCAAGGUGAUUGUCAAUAGCAGCAAGGAGGGCAUCAUGAGCAUCAGGGUGGAGCCCCUAAUGCCAAUGAAGUUGAGGACAUCCAGGACGAGACGAAGCGAGAGGCGGGAGGAUGACUGCAAACCGCGUACGGAGCAAUGGUGCUGGGAUAACGCGAUCGAACAGCAACCGAUCGAGCAGCAACCGAUCGAACAGCAAUCGAUCGAACAGCAACCGAUCGAACAGCAAUCGAUCGAACAGCAAUCGAUCGAUCCGGAAUCGUUCGCGGAGCAACAGCUGUAUAAAGAGCCAACGGAGCACUAUCCGCAAUAUCCUUCGACCAACGCAAAUCCGCUUAGAUUCCAACACGACUAUUGUCGCCAGCUAGCAUCUGACUAUGUAAACGAUAGCGAGGAUCAAAGCAAUGAUGAUGGCGAUAAUAACGUCGAAGCUAACAGAAAUAACAAUAAUACGAAUGCUGUGGAGGUGCAAAACCCAUUUGAUGUGUAUAACGAUCAUAUCGAGAGCGAUUGGAAUAAUCUUCAUUCUGUCGACAAUACGGUUGCUGUGGACAUGGAAUUGGAUUCCGACUGCGGAUCCAAUUGGAGCGGAUCGAAGACCUUGUGCUCCGAUAAGACAGACUCAACGCUGCAGCUGGAGAUCUCGGAUCGCGAGUAUCAGCGACUUUUGCAGCGCAGUCGCAUCGAGUGCUUUGAGCAUCAGCAUAAGCUGGAUAUGGAAGCUCGAUCUAGCCAAAUGUACGAGCAGCUAAUACACAAUACGGAGGAUCAUUGGCAGACUCAACCUACCAAAGCUAAAGAAGACGGCGAAUGCGAAGAGGAAUAUUAGGGAUUAGCUAAUAUGCGAAUAUAUUAUAUUCUAAAUAGCUUUAACGUGUUCUUAUGACACCAAUCCAAAAUUUUGAACUCAAUACAAGACUGAAACAUUGAAAACGAAUUUAAUACAUUCAAUUUUAGAACCUUGCUGAGAAAGGUUUUUCAAAUUAUAAAAAUAAAAAGCGAAUACG